UCAGUCGUUUACUGCCUGCCACUGCAACCGGUUCGUCGUGUCGUGUUCAGUCGUUUGCUUGGUGCCGUGUCGGAAGCGAUUUCAUUUCUCGCGUCCGUCGUUUCUUCCUGGGGGAAUUAAAAGUGUGCUUCUGUAAAUCAACCUUCACGGAAUUCUCCGCUUCAGCUUCAGCUUGUAACCGUACACCACCGAACGAAAGAUGGCCCCAAAUGCAGCAGCCGUAGCACCGAAACCGGAGCAGGAGCAAUCCACCGGAAUCAACGCGAUCCUUUUGGGACCACCCGGUUCCGGCAAGGGAACGCAGGCUCCGCUGCUGAAGGAGAAAUUCUGCGUUUGCCACCUGUCGACCGGUGACAUGCUUCGAGCGGAAAUUGCCGCCGGCUCCAAGCUGGGCGCCCAGCUCAAGAAGGUCAUGGACGAGGGCAAGCUGGUGUCCGACGAUCUGGUGGUGGACAUGAUCGAUUCCAACCUGGACAAACCGGAGUGCAAAAAUGGAUUCCUCUUGGACGGUUUCCCCCGAACGGUUGUGCAAGCGGAGAAACUGGACGACCUGCUGGAGAAGCGCAAGACCGGACUGGAUGCCGUGGUGGAGUUCGGAAUCGACGACAGUCUGCUGGUGCGCCGUAUCACCGGUCGGUUGAUCCAUCAGGCCAGUGGCCGGUCGUAUCACGAAGAGUUCGCCCCACCGAAGGUCGCUAUGACGGACGACGUGACCGGAGAGCCCUUGAUGCGCCGAAGUGACGAUAACGCCUCAGCGCUGGUGAAACGCCUGGAAGCCUACCACAAGCAGACGAAACCCCUGGCCGACUACUACGCCCUGCGUGGACUGCACUUCCGGGUCGAUGCCGCCCAAAGUGCGUCCCGAGUAUUCGAGAACAUUGACAGUAUCUUCACCAGCCAGCGGAAAGCACGGUUGGGACUGUAAGGGAUCAAGGGGCGAUCGCAUUUAAGGUUGAAGGUCAGUUUUUGUUGCGCGUUUGAGUUUGUGAUUUAUCUUGUUUUAUCAUGGCACCUGGGAGAUAUGUGUAACCGACGAAAUAUCCACAACAACCAUCGAACUACCUUAACUAUUAGUACUACUUACUACGACGGCGGUAGUCGCAUUCGGACGGUAAUUUCUGCCUAAAGUGAUUACUUCGAUCGUUCCGUCUUGUGCUGCGCCCUUCUGUCGUAGCCGCCUAGGAUUUAUACAUAUGACGUUUGUAAGCCAUCCCUACAAACACUGAGACACACUAAACACAUCAUAUUUAGUAACCAACUACCGAUGACGCUAUCAAAAGUAGAUACACAAAAGUUAAACACUCUAUUUAGGAAAUAAAAUCAACUUGUCUAGUAUUUUAAAAUGGAAAAUAAUUUGAACAGAUUAUUGAGGAAAAUAAAGAAAGAACAUCAUAGCUAACUGAAAAACCGGUUAAUGUGUAAUCGAAAAUGAACCGAACAACAGAUAUGACCCCUUGCUGGUACAAGAGAAAAGAGCCAAGCGAUCUCAAACGUAUAUGACAGGUAGUGCGACACGCAAAUCAUUGGCUCUACCUGCAAUAACUAUACUUUAUAAAAUUUUAAAAUCUUUGAUAUGGUGCAUCACGGACGAGAAUAAUGUAGACAAUUACAAAUGGAUAAUUGUGGUGGAAAA